AUGGCACCGCCAUACUUUCCCGCGUCGACCAACGGUCAAGAUACUGCGCCGCCAAAAUCAUACUACGAACAACAGCGCGAAUUGCUCGUCACUGAAAUUGCCCAAAGUCUAGAAGUCGUCCUACAAAACAUCAACAAGCUGAACCGUUCGCUCGAAGAAGUCACAUCCGUCGGCAACGAGUUCGCACCCGUCGAGUCGCUAUGGAGUCACUUUGAGAACGUCAUGGCCAAGGACCCAAGUGAGCAACAAGAAGGACAACAGGAGGGCGCAACGGAACAUGAAGGCGAGACGGAAGUGCCUCAGGAAAGGAAAUGA